UGAAGGUUGGGGAGGGGCCUUGGGAGAGGCGCCAGGGGAGGAGUAGGGGCCUCUAAGCUUCCUCCCAUCUGCCUAUGACGUCCUUGGUACCAGCGUCUCCUGUGUCACGAUCUGGACAGAAGGUGGAGCUCCUGAGCUGCGUGUGCCUGUUCCCGGCUCACAGUUUGGGAGGACUUAACAACUGCCUUGACGUGAAGGGGGAUCCAAGGACAGUGAGGAGCUGGGUGGUCCCAGCCUGGAGCUCCGCCAGCCAGACAUGGGAAUUUUUCCGAUGCCCAAAGCACUGCAGAUGUCACCAGAGAAGUGGUGAUCCAAGCAGGACCAGGCUGCCCCGACCUAAGAGAGAAAUGGAGGCAAACGACCAUUUUAACUUUACUGGCCUUCCCCCUGCACCUGCUGCCUCAGGACUGAAACCCUCUCCUUCCUCAGGGGAGGGCCUCUACACUAACGGGUCUCCCAUGAACUUCCCCCAGCAAGGGAAAAGUUUGAAUGGGGAUGUGAAUGUUAAUGGCUUAUCUACUGUAUCUCACACUACUACUUCAGGGAUUUUAAACUCUGCUCCCCACUCCUCCAGCACCUCACACCUCCAUCACCCCAACGUGGCCUACGACUGUCUCUGGAACUACUCACAGUACCCAUCUGCCAAUCCUGGCAGCAACCUCAAGGACCCACCCCUUCUCUCCCAGUUCUCUGGGGGACAGUACCCACUCAACGGCAUUCUCGUGGGUAGCCGGCAGCCCUCAUCCCCAAGUCACAACACUAACCUUCGGGCUGGGAGCCAAGAGUUCUGGGCCAACGGUACCCAGAGUCCCAUGGGUCUUAACUUCGACUCACAGGAACUGUAUGAUUCUUUUCCUGAUCAGAAUUUUGAGGUGAUGCCCAAUGGACCCCCUAGUUUUUUUACCUCCCCACAGACUUCUCCUAUGUUGGGAUCUAGCAUCCAGACCUUUGCACCCUCCCAGGAGGUAGGCAGUGGUAUCCAUCCUGAUGAUGCAACAGAAAAGGAGCUGACUUCAGUUGUGGCAGAGAAUGGCGCUGGCUUGGUAGGCAGCCUGGAGCUGGAAGAAGAGCAGCCAGAAUUGAAGAUGUGUGGAUAUAAUGGCUCUGUUCCUUCUGUGGAAUCAUUACACCAGGAAGUCUCAGUCUUAGUUCCUGAUCCUACAGUGAGCUGUUUAGAUGAUCCUUCCCAUCUUCCUGAUCAACUGGAAGACACUCCAAUCCUCAGUGAAGACUCUCUGGAACCGUUCAAUUCUCUGGCACCAGAACCUGUGAGUGGAGGACUUUAUGGUAUAGAUGACACUGAGUUGAUGGGUGCAGAGGACAAAUUGCCUCUUGAAGACAGCCCUGUGAUCUCUGCUCUCGAUUGUCCUUCUCUCAAUAAUGCCACUGCCUUCAGUCUUCUGGCAGAUGAUAGUCAAACAUCAGCCUCUAUAUUUGCCAGCCCCACCUCUCCACCUGUCCUGGGGGAGUCUGUUCUGCAAGAUAACAGCUUUGAGUUGAAUAAUGGCAGUGAUGCUGAACAGGAAGAGAUGGAGACUCAGGCUUCACACUUCCCACCUCCCCUGAUCCAGCCAGCCCCUGACCAGUCAUCCACUAUUCAGUUACAUCCAGCAACCUCACCAGCAGUCUCGUCCACAGCCUCUCCUGCAGUCUCACUGGCAGUUUCUCCAGCAGCAUCCCCAGAAACCUCUCUAGCAGUUUCUCCAGCAGUCUCCCCAGUUGCCUCCCCAGCAGUCUUUGCAGCAGUCUCUCCAACUUCCUCAGGAGCCCUCCCAGCGGUCUCCUCACAAGUCUCCUUGAUGGCUCCAGUGACCUCCCCAAAAGUGUCCCCUGUCACUUCCCUAGCAGCUGACUUCCUGACAACCUCCCCAGCAAAUAAGGAUGUCAGCAGCUUUCUUCAAACCUCUGCUGACCUAGAAGAGAUCACUGGAGAAGGAGUCAAUAGUUCUGGUAGUGGUGAUAUCCUGAGAAGACGUAUUGCUACCCCAGAAGAAGUUCGUCUUCCCCUCCAACAUGGAUGGCGGAGAGAGGUGCGCAUCAAGAAGGGCAGCCACCGAUGGCAGGGAGAGACCUGGUAUUACAGCCCCUGUGGGAAGAGGAUGAAACAAUUUCCUGAGGUGAUCAAGUACCUGAGCCGCAACGUGGUACACAGUGUCCGUCGUGAGCACUUCAGCUUCAGUCCCCGUAUGCCUGUUGGAGAUUUCUUUGAAGAGAGAGACACACCACAGGGCUUGCAGUGGGUACAACUCUCAGCAGAGGAGAUCCCAUCCAGGAUUCAGGCAAUUACUGGCAAACGAGGUCGACCUCGAAACACUGAGAAGACUAAGAUCAAGGAAGUUCCCAAGGUGAAACGGGGCAGAGGUCGGCCACCCAAGGUCAAAGUCACUGAGCUAUUGAAUAAGACAGACAACCGCCUUCUAAAGAAACUGGAGGCCCAAGAGACACUGAAUGAAGAAGAUAAAACAAAGAUGAGUAAAAGCAAGAAGAAGAUAAGGCAGAAGGUACAACGGGGAGAGUGUCAGGCUACUCAAGGGCAGGCCAGAAACAAGCGGAAACAAGAGACCAAGAGCUUAAAGCAGAAGGAAGCAAAGAAGAAAUCCAAGGUUGAGAAGGAAAAGGUAAAGACAAAGCAGGAAAAACUGAAGGAAAAAGUCAAGAGGGAAAAAGAGAAGGAAAAAAUGAAGGAAAAGGAGGAGAUGAUCAAAGCCAAGCCAGUUUGUAAAGCAGAUAAGAUCCUGGCCACACAGAGGCGUCUAGAGGAGCGGCAGAGGCAACAGAUGAUCUUGGAGGAGAUGAAGAAGCCUACAGAGGAUAUGUGUCUUGCUGACCACCAGCCCCUGCCUGACUUCUCUCGCAUCCCUGGUCUGACACUGCCCUGUAGGGCCUUCUCAGACUGCUUGACCAUCGUGGAGUUUCUGCAUAGCUUCGGCAAGGUGCUGGGCUUUGACCCUGCCAAAGAUGUGCCUAGCCUGGGGGUCCUGCAAGAGGGACUCCUAUGUCAAGGUGACAGCUUGGGCGAGGUACAAGACCUGCUGGUGCGGCUCCUGAAGGCUGCACUCCGUGAUCCUGGCUUGCCUUCUUACUGUCAGUCCCUAAAGAUCUUGGGUGAGAAGGUGUCUGAAAUCCCACUGACAAGAGACAAUGUGUCAGAGAUCCUGCGCUGUUUCCUCAUGGCAUAUGGAGCAGAGCCAGCCCUCUGUGACAGCUUGUGCACUCAGCCUUUUCAGGCUCAGCCACCCCAACAGAAGGCUGCUGUCCUGGCCUUCCUUGUGCAUGAGCUCAACAGCUCCACCCUCAUCAUCAAUGAGAUUGACAAGACUCUGGAGAGUAUGUCCAGCUACAGGAAAAACAAGUGGAUUGUUGAAGGCCGGCUCCGGAGACUGAAAACUGCCCUGGCUAAGCGAACUGGACGGCCUGAAGUAGAGAUGGAAGGGCCAGAGGAAGGCCUGGGACGGAGGCGUAGUUCUAGGAUCAUGGAGGAGACCAGUGGGAUGGAAGAGGAUGAAGAGGAGGAGACUACUGCAGUGGCCCAUGGCCGCAGGGGUCGAAGAGAUGGAGAGGUUGAUACCACAGUGUCUAGCAUCCCAGAGCUAGAGCGCCAGAUAGAAAAACUCAGUAAGCGUCAACUUUUCUUUCGCAAAAAGUUGCUUCAUUCAUCGCAGCUGCUUCGAGCAGUCUCCUUGGGUCAAGACCGCUACAGGCGCCGCUACUGGGUGUUGCCAUAUUUGGCUGGUAUCUUCGUGGAAGGAACAGAGGGAAGCUUGGUUCCUGAGGAUAUGAUAAAGCAAGAAACUGACUCCUUAAAGGUGGCAGCUCAUUCAGCACCCAUCCCUGCCCACUUUUCUGUGAAGAGGGAGUUAGCAGGCUCCAGUACCUCUGCCAGCUCUCCUGCCCGGGCUCGAGGCCGACCUCGAAAACCUAAGCCUGGGUCUAUGCAACCUAGGCACCUUAAGUCUCCUGUCCAGAGGCAGGAUUUAGAAGAGUUCCAGGUUCAGCUUCAGCCUGAGGCUCAGCCCCAUCCUCAGCUUCAGGCUCCUCCCCAGCCCCAUCCCCAUCCUCAGUCCCAGAUUGGGUUCUUAGAGCCAGAAGGCUCCCCUUUGUCUCUUGGUCAGAGCCAGCAUGAUCUCAGCCAGUCAGCCUUUCUGUCUUGGCUGAGUCAGACUCAGAGCCACGGCUCACUAUUGAGCAGCUCUGUCCUCACACCUGAUAGCAGCCCAGGAAAACUAGACCCAGCCCCAUCACAGCCACCGGAGGAACCAGAGCCUGAUGAGGGAGAAUCCAGCCCUGACCCUCAAGCACCCUGGUUUAACUUCUCAGCCCAGGUGCCCUGUGAUGUUGCCCCUACACCACCCCCUGCAGUUUCUGAGGACCAGCCUACUCUUGCCUCCUCCAAGCCAGUCAGUAGACCCAGUGUUGCCAACCCCUGUUCUCCAGUACACUUCUCUUCUACCCCGUUGCCUGGGAUUACCUCUAAGAGGCGAAUAGGAGACUCUGGAGAAAUGCCACAGAGUCCCGUAGGGCUGGGACAGCCGAAACGGAGAGGGAGACCUCCCAGUAAGUUCUUGAAACAGAUGGAGCAGCGUUACCUAAUCCAGCUGACAGCCCAACCUAUUCCUCCUGAGAUGCGCUCAGGCUGGUGGUGGAUCAGAGAUCCUGAGAUGUUGGAUGCCAUGCUCAAGGCCCUACACCCCCGAGGCAUACGGGAGAAGGCACUUCACAAACACCUUAACAAGCACAGGGACUUCUUGCAGGAAGUCUGCCUACGACCCUCAACUGACCCCAUCUUUGAGCCUAAUCAGCUACCUGCCUUUCAAGAAGGGAGUAUGAACUGGUCUCCCAAAGAGAAGACAUAUGAAACAGACCUAGCUGUGCUUCAGUGGGUAGAGGAGCUGGAACGGCGGGUUGUCCUGUCUGAUCUGCAGAUUCGGGGCUGGGCAUGUCCUAGCCCAGACUCUACUCGUGAAGACUUGACCUACUGUGAGCAUCUACCUGACUCCCAGGAGGAGAUCACCUGGAGAGGUCGGGGCAGGGAAGGAUUGGCACCUCAGCGUAAAACUACCAACCCUCUAGACCUGGCUGUGAUGCGACUAGCUGCCCUGGAACAGAAUGUGGAGCGGCGGUACCUACGGGAGCCCCUCUGGCCAGCACAUGAGGUUGUACUGGAGAAGGCUCUGCUCACCACACCCAAUGGUGCCCCUCAGGGCACCCCUACAGAGAUAUCAUAUGAGAUCACCCCUCGCAUUCGUGUCUGGCGCCAGACACUUGAGCGGUGCCGGAGUGCAGCACAGGUGUGCUUGUGCCUAGGCCAGCUGGAGAGGUCAAUUGCCUGGGAAAAGUCAGUCAACAAAGUGACUUGUCUAGUCUGCCGGAAGGGUGACAAUGAUGAGUUUCUUCUGCUUUGUGAUGGGUGUGACCGUGGUUGCCAUAUUUACUGCCAUCGGCCCAAGAUGGAGGCUGUUCCAGAAGGAGACUGGUUCUGUGCUGUCUGUUUGGCCCAGCAGGUAGAAGGAGAAUUCGCUCAGAAGCCUGGUUUCCCAAAGCGAGGUCAGAAGCGGAAAAGUGAUUAUUUACUAAACUUCCCAGAGGGUGAUGGCCGCCGGCGCCGGGUACUGUCGAGGGGCCGAGAAAGCCCAGCAGUGCCUCGGUACUCAGAAGAAGGGCUGUCUCCUUCCAAGCGACGGCGACUCUCAAUGCGGAACCAUCAAAGUGAUCUCACAUUUUGCGAGAUUAUCCUGAUGGAGAUGGAGUCCCAUGAUGCAGCCUGGCCUUUUCUGGAGCCUGUGAACCCACGUCUGGUGAGCGGCUACCGACGCAUCAUCAAAAACCCUAUGGAUUUUUCCACUAUGCGGGAGCGGCUGCUCCGGGGAGGAUAUACCAGCUCGGAGGAAUUUGCGGCUGAUGCCCUUCUGGUUUUUGACAACUGCCAAACCUUCAAUGAAGAUGACUCUGAAGUGGGCAAGGCUGGGCACAUCAUGCGCCGCUUCUUUGAGAGCCGCUGGGAAGAGUUUUAUCAGGGAAAACAGGCCAACCUGUGAGGCUAGGGAGGUGAGGUGUCAUGUUGCGGCAUCUCCCCUCACCUUCCCGCAAACUGAAAAACAAAAAACCUGCCAUUCUCAACCUGCUGAUGCUGCCCUGGGUCCAGACUCAAGUCAGACGUAAUCCUGAUUUUUGAUCCUGCCCUUGGCAGCGCCCUAUGUCCUCUUGUCCCUUUACCCCCAUCUCCCUUUCCUCCUCUUGCACCUCAAAUAAGAGGCGCAGAGAUGAGGUCCUUCUGGACUGAAAGCCAAAAAAGAAAGAAAAAAAUAAUUUUUCCUUUCUGUUUUAUUUUCUAAUUAAAAAUGGGGAGGUGAGAAGAAGUCCCGACUUCCUCCUCCCAGCUUCCUCUCCUUUCCUGUACUUGCCCCAGCAUUCUGGGGUUAUUUAACAAUAGCAAUAGUUCUAGUGAAUGUGUGAAACCGAGAAACACUCUGUACUGUGUGCGGACCCGCAGUGACGGCCAGUAAAGUGGACUUAACUCCCAAGUGUGUCGAGCCGGACACCGGGCCCUGAACAUGCUGCUUCCAUGUUCAGUCCCUCCCCUGCUUCUCGCUUUCUCUCUCUCUUUUCCCCUCCUCCCACCCCCUUUUUUCAGAUUUUCUCUCAUUCAAUAAUGUAAAACUAUCGUGUACGGGUUCCUCCUCCUUUUUCCCCCAAAUCUUUUUCCCUUCAAAGGAAAAAGAAAAGUUCAGAGGUCCCUUGCUUUCUCUCUGUCCUCAUCUUCCUAGCCAGUAGCUUUCCCCUUUAUAAUGUUGGAUGCUCCUCAUGUGCUGAGUUUCCAGCCUUUUCUGAAACUCAGCUGGGGAGAGGUAAGGGAGGUACUCUGGGCCUUCCAACCUCUUUCCCCACAUCCUUCCCAAACCUCCCUCUUGGGAACUCCUCAGGGAUAACUACUGCUGAGUUUGGGCACGCCCCCAAAUGGAGGCUAGGUAGCACUGGUCUGGCCUCAGAGAGAGAGAGAGAGAGAGAGAGAGAGAGAAGUAUUUGUGUGUGUGUGUGUGUGUGUGCGUGUGCGUGUGCGUGCACCUGAGAAAAUGCUGUGAUUGUGAUCCAGUAUUGUUUAGUAGGAUCUGUUCAGUUUCCCCAGGUGUCUGUUUUUAUUCCCACCUUUCCCAUUGUUUCAGACCAUCACUUUUUUUGUUUUUGGGAAACCACAGGAACAAUUUCUUUGGGGACAAGGCUGUGUCUCACCUCUCUCCUGAUCGUUUCUGUUCCAGCCUCUUCAAACUGUGCAAUCUUUCUGCAGGAACUCUCUCUCUUCUGAGUAGCUUUGAGUCUUAAGCUUUUGCAGGGAGAGGGGUAGAACUGGAUCUUUUCCUAAUCCCAUGAGUGUCUGUAGGUUUAGUUGUGCUUUCCUUCCUUUAUCUGCUUCAUACGCCAGGAUCCUUUCCCAGUAAAGAGACCCUGGAGCACAGGAGAGUAGGGAGGAGGUUCUGGAUUGGCCACUGCCCUACAUGUGACUACACCUAAGCUGAUCCCCUAGCAGGUGAGAGGAAAGCUGCUAACUCCCAGCUAUAGCCAUGGGCCCCUGGCCCCCUGCUUUCCUGCUCAGCAAAGCCCCUCCCAUCAGAGAUUACGGGUACUUGCACUGGGGAGGUGGCUGCUGGCUGGCCCAAGCAGAGAGCUGAGGCAUCCAAGAAAUGUUUCAUUGGCGGGGAAGAGGGGUGCCAGGUGAGGUGGAGCAUUCCUGUACUUCUGGUAGCACUGAAGAGCCACUGAAGGGGGGUGGGUCCUGGGGCAGCCCCAUUCUUACUCUCUUACACCCUUCUCCCCUCCAGCCUAUUUCUAAAGUCGCCUUUUCUGUCAGAUAAACCUCAAAACGUUUAAUUUUAUUUGAGAUUUUUUUUUUUUUUUUGGUUUUAAAUAAGAGGUGUAUUGAAGAAUAUUUGAAGUGACUUUAUAUUAUGCAUAAAUAUUUAUAUUUUAUCUAAAUAACUGUGCUGUAACAAACUUUGUGUUAGUCAGACAUUGAAACUGUUAUAGCUGGGGGAUCUUCUUUUUUUCCCCAUGGCAGUUUUCCCCUGGUAUAAAAAGUACUGAUUUCAUUGUUGAAGAUGAGGUGGAUAGGGGGAGUGAAAUCUCAGUUGUUCCUUUUUCGUAUUUCUCUCCCAGCUCCACCUUUUACCCUAGGGACCAGGCACUCUUAAAGUGGGGUGGAGUCCUAGCCUCAGUUUGAAGAAGUGGGGGCCGAAGGGGGGGUUGGGCAUAGGGCACGAUCAUAGGGGCCAUUUCUCAAUUUUUCUUUCCUCAUCCUCACUGCCCCUUGAGCUAGGUGGAUUUUUUCUUUACAAAUGAGAGUAUUUGGUAGGGAAGGCAGGUUAAAAAUAAAAAAGACAACCCCCCACCCCUUCGUUUCCUCUACCCCUAUCAGUCUGGUAACAGGAAGAAACCACACCAUCAACACCAACAAGUUUCCAUGUUCCUUUUACAACAAAAGGGACUGACUUUUUAUAUAACCAAAUGUGGUGUUUUAGUGACUUUUUGAUAAUGUACAGUUUUUUGUGAAUUUAAAUUUAUUUCUUUCUAUAUUUUUAGGACCAAUCUCAUUUUUAAUAAGGUUAAAAAAGGAAAAAAAAAAAGUCUAGAGAAAACUCCUGUUUUUGCCAUGUGAUGUUCCACAAGUGCAGCUGUAGAAAAGUGCUUGUCAGUUGAAUAAAAACCACAUUUGAUAGAGA